AGGAGAAGUGGAUAUCCUUCAAAUUAUGCCGAGCGCGCAUACCUCCGACACUCCCCCAGCAGGUCCAGACAAGCAGCUACGUGCACCCUUCCGCCUUGCUGCGAAGGUGGGAGGAACGACAGCGAGGGCUGUCAACACAGCAGUUGAUAAGAUCCAGAGCUUCCCCAAGAAAGUCAGCAGCAACCGCCAUGUGCAAGACAUCUCCUCGGCUGUGAUGCGAGCUGAAAGGAGUGUUGAGAGCAGCAUGCGCCCGUACGUGGACCCAAUGAUGGGAUACGUGCGGACCGUCAGGCCUUUCAUCCCUCCUGUUCUCAUUCUUAUUAUUUUUAUUCUCUUGCCCCCCGCGCUGCUCUGCAUAGCAACCGUCGCUUUCUUCACCGCGCCAUUGUGGAUUGCAUUCCUAUUUCUCAGUGCGAUCAUAUGGGUCCCGUGCCUUGUUAUGCUGCUCUGCCUCUUUGCACUCCUCGCGUUCAUUGGCCUGAUUCGCUUCUGCUCCGCUCCUAGCGUCCAAGCCAUCUGGCGGCCGAUGGCGGGGGCCGUACUGAACUCGCCAGUCGGACAGUUUUUGUUCUAUCAGAAAAAGGAGGAGGAAGUCUCCGAGUAAAGAGAAGCAUCGAAUGAAUGAAUCUCAUCCUAGUUGGUAGGCGAGGACAACAAAUUGGAAACGACAAGGAUAGUGGCAUGCUGUGCCGUGAAAGAUAGCCACACCGUUUGACUUUUAUUCAUCUUAUCUUCGGUCUCUC